CACCAUCCGUAUGAUGACGGUACUUUUAUUAUUGUCAUUUCACAAAGGAGGAAACAGAGGCAGAGAGAGAUUAGGAAUUGUAAUCAAGGCUGCACAGCUCCUGUCUAAAAGAGUUGGAAUUUGGAUCCAGGCAGACUGACUUCAAAGCAAGCACUUCCUGGAGACGGGGUUAGAAACCCUUGGUUUUCAUGCCACCGUGUGCUGCUACUCAGGAAAAGUGAUUGUGCCUCUCUCUGCCUCUGUUUCCUCAUCUAUAAACUGGAAUAAUAAUGGUAUUGAAAUUGUAGGUGGAGAUUAAAUAGAAUGACAGGCACAGUGCCUGCCUCAAGUACUCAAGGAACCAGGUAGCGUUCAAGCAACAGUACCAGGCAGCGGCGAUGGGCAGGCUUGGCUAGAAAUGGAACAGUGCUGACUCGGUCCGCGAGGGUCUCUGAUGCUGUGGAGUGCGCAGUCUCUCCCGCAGCCCUCUCGACUUCACAGUCUCCACAAAGUGUGCCAUUGCAGAGUUGGAUGGCUUCAUUUUUAGAGCGGGCAGAAAGGUAACCUGGCCAGUCCUCCUUUGUCUCUCAAAGAUCACAGGUAAAGAAUUAGCUGCGUUUGCUGGUGAAAAAUACAGAUUAUAUUAUGGAGUCCUUUGGAGUUGGGUCCAGAAAUUUGCAUCGUUCAACGCACUAAUGCAUCAUGGAAUUUGGACUCCACUGAGUCCUCUCUGAGGAGUUCCAUGAUACUUUGGGAAAUACUGAAAAAUCAUUCUAGACCCCAAUUCAUUCAUUUCCGCAGCGCACGAAAUCAGAGACCCCGAAAAGAAAUCUUGCGUUUCUGACAACAGCAGUACUGUCAGAGGGAAGUGGACCUUCCCCAGCAGCCCGGCGCGUAAGAAGUCCUAAAUUUCAGGACAUUGCCCAGAGUGGUGGGUGGAAGAAAGGAGCAGCCUAGCCCCGCUGCCAGGCUCGAGCCUGGAGCACUGAAGCGGGAGCAGGCUGCUGCAGGAAGGUGCAUGACUACUUCGAGGUCACUCCGUGACUUCACUCGCCACGUCGAGGCUUGAACUCAAGAUCCCCCCCGGCCCGGGCCUUUGCAAACCCACGCGCUGUGGGCGGGCGCCCUGGAUCGCCUAGGUAACAGGAGCGCGCCACGCCCAAGGCUGCAGCCCCGCGGGGAGGAGGGAGCGCGCGCAGCGAGUUGUCUCGCGGGGCUGAGGCCACUACUCCCGGCCCCGCCCCCGGCCCCGCCUCGCGGAAGUGCUUGCUGCCAUCCUCGAGCGCUGAUUGGUCCUCUGGGCUGGGGCGGAGCCCGAAGCAGCGCGGUGCGUACUUCCGGCUGCCGGUUGACAUGAAGAAGCAGCGGCGACUAGGGCGGCGGUAGCGGCGGGAGUCGAGGCUUGCAGCGGGACUCCGGGCUGAGGGCGGUACGCGGCCUAGAGCAGCAGACGGCGCAGUGGGCCGAGAAGGAGGCGCAGCAGCCGCCCUGGCCCAACAUGGAGAUGGAAAAGGAGUUUGAGCAGAUCGACAAGGCCGGGAACUGGGCGGCCAUUUACCAGGAUAUCCGACACGAAGCCAGUGACUUCCCAUGUAAAGUGGCCAAACUUCCUAAGAACAAAAACCGAAACAGGUACAGAGAUGUCAGUCCCUUUGACCAUAGUCGAAUUAAACUACAUCAAGAAGAUAACGACUACAUCAAUGCUAGUUUGAUCAGGAUGGAAGAAGCCCAAAGGAGUUACAUUCUUACUCAGGGCCCCUUGCCCAAUACUUGCGGUCACUUUUGGGAGAUGGUGUGGGAGCAGAAGAGCAGGGGCGUGGUCAUGCUGAACAGAGUGAUGGAGAAAGGAUCGUUAAAAUGUGCCCAGUACUGGCCACAAAGAGAAGAAAAAGAAAUGAUCUUUGAAGACACAAAUUUGAAGUUAACUUUGAUCUCAGAAGACAUAAAGUCAUACUACACAGUGCGACAGCUAGAAUUGGAAAACCUGACGUCUCGAGAAACUCGCGAGAUCUUACACUUCCACUAUACCACGUGGCCUGACUUUGGAGUCCCCGAAUCACCAGCCUCAUUCCUGAACUUCCUUUUCAAAGUCCGAGAGUCGGGCUCACUCAGCCUGGAGCACGGCCCCAUCGUGGUGCACUGCAGCGCCGGCAUCGGCAGGUCGGGCACCUUCUGUCUGGCUGACACCUGCCUUUUGCUGAUGGACAAAAGAAAAGACCCUUCUUCGGUGGAUAUCAAGAAGGUCCUGUUAGAAAUGAGGAAAUUCCGCAUGGGGCUGAUCCAGACGGCAGACCAGCUCCGCUUCUCCUACCUGGCUGUGAUUGAAGGUGCCAAAUUCAUCAUGGGAGACGCUUCGGUGCAGGAGCAGUGGAAGGAGCUCUCCCACGAGGACCUGGAGCCCCCACCCGAGCAUGCGCCCCCACCUCCCCGGCCCCCCAAACGAAUCCUGGAGCCACACAAUGGGAAAUGCAAGGAAUUCUUUCCAAACCACCAGUGGGUGAAGGAGGAGACCGAGGAUAAAGUGGAUGGCCCCAUCAAGGAAGAAAUCAGAACCCCCUUAAAUGUCCCCUGCGUCGUAGAAAGCACGAGUCAAGACACUGAAGUCAGACGGCGGGUCGUGGGGGGUGGUGCUGCCCAGGGGGAGCCAUCGCCACCCCAGGAGGAGCAGGACCAGGCGCCGACUCACUGGAAGCCCUUCCUGGUCAACAUGUGCAUGGCCACCGCCCUCACGGCCGGCGCGUACCUCUGCUACCGGGUGUGUUUCCACUGACGCGGGGCUGCGGACGGCGGGUGCGGAGGGCGCUGGCCGGCUCGGCAUGCCAGGUCCGCGCUGUGGAGGAUCUGAGCCAGUCUCGGAAGAAACAGCUCAAAGGUUUGAAGUCUGGAACUGUGAAGGGCUAACGAGAGCAUUGAAGAUUGAUGCACUGGGGUUUUAA